UUCUAAACUCAUCCAUCCUAUUUUCAUGUUUGAUUUUCUGUCCCGCGUUGGCGCCAGGUCCUGAGAAAGACGGCUGCCGCAAAACGCCGAUACAGACAUAUUGAGGCGCUCUCAGCGGAUAAAACUAUGAACUUAGCCAUUUUCUACUAGAAAAAAAAAAAUUGGGAAGCUUCCUGUAAUUUUAGCCUCAAAAUCUCCUCACAGACUUCUCGAAGAGAAAUUUAUGUACCUGGUAUCGUCAUGUAAAUCAGACAAGCACCUCCACCAAGUACAAACCCAGAUAAUCACUAGUGGGUUUGAGCAAAGCGAUUAUAUUGCCCCAGGAAUCGUUGCAGUAUGUGGCCAACUGAAGAAACUGGCGUAUGCACACAAAGUGUUCGAUCGAAUUACUCAACCAAAUGUUUCUUUAUGGAAUGCCAUGUUUAAAAGCUAUGCACAAAAUGAACGUUACAGAGAAGUUAUUGUUCUGUUUAGCAAGAUGAUAAAGAUGGAUGUCAUGCCCAAUUGCUUUACAUUCCCUAUUGUUCUUAAGUCUUGUCUGAGGACUAAUGCGAUAAGAGAGGGCGUGGAAGUGCACUGUUUUGUCAUCAAAGGUGGGUUUAGAGCAAACCAAUUUGUGGGCACCGCGUUGAUUGAUAUGUAUUCAGGUGGGGAAUUGAUUGGGGCGGCUUAUAGGGUGUUCAGUGAGAUGAUUGACAGGAAUGUAGUUGCGUGGACUUCAAUGAUCAAUGGCUACAUUCUAUGUGGUGAUAUAGUUUCUGCACGGCGUCUUUUUGAGUUGGCACCUGAGCGCGAUGUUGUACUGUGGAACACAAUGAUUUCAGGUUAUAUUGAGUCAUGGAAUAUGGCAGAGGCGAGCAAGCUUUUUGAUCAGAUGCCGAUGAAGGAUGUCAUGUCAUGGAACACAGUAUUGAAUGGUUAUGCAAACAAUGGAGAUAUUGAGGCAUGUGAGAGACUGUUUGAAAAGAUGCCUGAAAGGAAUGUUUUUUCUUGGAAUGGAUUAAUUGGAGGUUAUGCCCGAAAUGGGCGUUUCUGUGAAGUUUUGGAUGCUUUUACAAGCAUGUUAGUUGAUAAGAAUGUACUUCCUAAUGAUGCCACACUCGUGGCCGUGUUGUCUGCAUGUGCAAGACUAGGAUCUCUUGAUUUGGGAAAAUGGAUACACAUAUAUGCAGAGAAAAAUGGGUAUAAAGGAAAUGUUUAUGUUACAAAUGCGUUGAUUGACAUGUAUGCAAAAUGUGGAGCUAUAGAAAUUGCAUUGUAUGUGUUCAAGGGCAUGGAAAGAAAGGAUCUGAUAAGUUGGAAUACGAUAAUUACAGGCUUAGCCAUGCAUGGACAUGGAGCUGCUGCCUUAAGUUUGUUCCAUGAAAUGAAGAAUGUUUCAGUCAAGCCAGAUGGGAUCACCUUCAUUGGUGUUUUGUGUGCUUGUACUCAUAUGGGACUAGUUGAUGAUGGUUUAUCAUAUUUCCAAUCAAUGGUGGAUGAUUGUUCAAUUGUUCCUCAAAUUGAGCAUUAUGGUUGCCUAGUUGAUCUGCUAUCAAGAGCUGGUCUUUUGGUCCAGGCCGUGGAAUUUGUGAAGAAAAUGCCGAUGGAAGCAGAUGCCAUUAUCUGGGCUGCUUUACUGGGGGCAUGUAGGGUUUACAAAAAUGUUGAAUUGGCUGAAUUGGCUCUUCAGCAUCUGAUUCAACUUGAACCAAAAAAUCCUGCUAACUUUGUUAUGCUUUCAAACUUAUAUGGGCACUUAGGAAGAUGGAAAGAUGUGGCCAGGUUAAAAGUUGCAAUGAGGGAUACUGGCUUUAAAAAAUUACCAGGGUGCAGCUUGAUUGAGGUCAAUGAUACUUUGUUUGAGUUUUAUUCGUUAGAUGAGAGGCAUCCCAAAACAGAGACAACUUAUAGAACCCUGAGAGGAUUGACGAAAUUGUUGAGAUCAUCUGGAUAUGUACCGGACCUUAAAGAGCUUGGCCAAGAAGCUUGAAGGUAAUUUGAGAAAUGUUCUUUACAGAAAAGAUACUUUUUUUUACCUGCAUUAUUAUGAGGGUCUUUAAAGUAGCAUUUUUAAUCAUCAUAUGAAAAUGUUGAAGAAAAUUAGAAA